AUGAUCCGACGUGGAGUCGAGCCAAGUUUUCACUACGACCAGGCGACUCUGUAUACUUCUUUUGAGGCUAUCUACGAGCAUACGAAGAACCAGACGAUCUACGACUACUACCGAGCCCAAGUCGACUCGGUGAUCUUUCCCAACGGCACCAUCGACGGUUUCAACUACUCGCGCUACAGUCUCGAUCCCUAUCGCUUUGGUAACAACGCACUUUACUGGUAUGAGAAGACAGGGGAAGACAAAUAUCGCAUUGCUGCAGAUGGAAUCAAGAGAACCCUUGACAAACAUCCGCGGACACCUACGGGCGGCCUUUGGCAUCGCGAGGUCGUGUAUCCAAAUCAGAUGUGGCUCGACGGCAUCUACAUGGCUGAUACCUUCUAUGCGAAGUACGUGUCGUUGUUCCAACCAGACAAUCAAACGGCCUGGGACGACAUCGUUCUUCAGUUCGACAACAUCGACGCGCGCACCCGGCGAGAUGACAACCUGCUCGUCCAUGGCUACGACGAGAGCAAGCAAGCUGUGUGGGCCGAUCCCGAAACCGGCGCUGCGCCGCUGGUGUGGGGCCGUGCCGAUGGAUGGUAUUUCAUGGCUUUACUCGAGGUCGUCGACUUGCUCCCUGAACAGCAUCCCGGCCGGGAAAGGCUUCUAGGAUAUUUCAAAGGAUUGGCACAGGGCCUCAAAGGCGCUCAAGAUGAAUCGGGUGGUUGGUGGAACGUCAUGGAAAAGCGCUACGAGGAUGUCGAGGGCAACUACAUCGAGAGCAGCGCCAGCGUUAUGUUCACCUUCGGUUGGCUCAAAGGACUUAACCUGGGAUAUCUUUCUGAAACGGAGUAUUCGGAUGUCACGGAGAAAGCCUGGAACGGCAUGGUGGAUAUGUUCGUCACCCGCAACGACAAUGGCACGAUUAACUGGGAAGGCACAGUCAUGGUAGGGAGUCUGGGAAGUAAUGCCACCUUUGAGAACACACAACACAAAUCCCCAACAAAGAUCUAUCAGCCUCCCUAUUCCAUCAUCAUGACUCAGCCCAACGCCAAGGAGAUCUCAGCCUACCGCGACGGCAUGUCAUAUCCGGUGAGGCAGAAGGACUUUUGGAACGCUUUAGCGAGGUGCGCGAAAGCCUGCGGGGAGUUCAAUAAUCUUCCGAAUAACGCAACCACCGAGGAAAAGUCAGCAGCCUGGCGCAAGAUCGUUGCCCCUACCUCAAGUGCCGACACGCCAGUCAGCUCUGCGAACGAUUUCCCCACGCCGUCCGUCAAGGGACCGAUCAGAAUUGACUACGGCCUGCGUGUUCAUAUUGCUGCGAACACCUUCAUCAACCAUAACUGCACCAUUCUUGAUACCCCUGUUGCCGACGUUCGCAUCGGUAAACAUUGUUCCCUCGGACCUCACGUUAGUAUCUACAGCGUCGGUCACAACCUCAACUCGGACACCCAUCCCAGAGUCAGCUUCGGCAAGCCCGUCACCAUCGAGGAUGGCUGCUGGAUUGGAGGGAACGUAACUAUUCUAGGUGGCGUCAAGAUCGGGGCUGGUUCGACGAUUGCUGCUGGCAGCGUUGUACGGAGUGACAUUCCUCCUAGAUCCAUUGCUGCUGGAGUACCUGCCCGUGUUAUUCGCCAAAUCCGUCCAGGCGAGGAACACGACGCUUUCCCAGUGGCUUCGCUCCAUGUCGCUCUACAGAUCCCCAGCAACCAUGGCGGUGUUGAACACAUGAAUGAGGCGACUAGAGUGCGCCUGGACAAAUUUCUUGGCGAGGAAGACUAA